AUGGCAUCCAAGGGACCGGAGUGUUCAAUAUGUUAUGAAGGUUACAAUUGCGAAAAAAAAUGUCCUCGGUUGCUGAGUUGUGGACACAGCUUUUGCUCAAGCUGCUUGGAGAGACUACUUCAUGGUAUCACCAUUGAUUGUCCCACAUGCAGAAAUCCAGUUGUAGUCCCUUCUGGAGUCCAAGGUCUGUUAAAGAAUUUUGCGCUGCUGGACAUCGUGAAUCAAGCACCCAAAGAGCAAGCUGGAAAUACAGGUCAUACAGGCUCGCAGGAUUGUGAAACUUGUCCUGAGAAACACCCAGCGACUUUCUUUUGCUUGGACUGCAAAGAAAACAUGUGCAAGACUGCAGCUCAGUUUCAUACUCGCAACAAGGCAAGUCGUGAGCAUCGAGUUGUUACCUUCAAGGAACUGAAAGCAAACCCUCAGCUUGCUUUUGCUUCUGUUCUCUGUCCAGAGCAUAACGAUCAAUUCCGCUUUUUCGACGAAGAAUGUGGUCGUGUUAUUUGUAGGGACUGCUACGCCCUUGAUCAUAGUGGACACAAGUGUGUAGUAGUAGCUGAAGCUGCUUCAAAAUACCGACAGGAGAUGGAGCCGCUUGUCACCAAAGCCAGCUCUCAAGUCGAAAAGAUUGAAGCUGCUAAAGAUCAAGUUAUGAAAGAAGUUGAUUUUAUGGAGGAAGCUUACGAAGAACGGCGUUCUGAAAUUCAAAGCUUUUUUAGAGACGUAAGGCAUAUCUUCGUCAUUGGCUCGAAAGAUCGAGAAGGAGCAAACACUAUUCCUAAGCAUUUACGAGUUAUAAUCAGCAUUUUGUCUACCGAAUGGCGUUUCAUGCUGGUGGUUAGAUAAAGCUCAACAUUAUAUUCUCGACAUGGAAUUCAGAAACCAGUGAAUUGUUAAUACUUAUCCUUAACUAAGACCAAUGAUUUAGAUAUUUAAGGGUAGGUUGCCCCUUGAACAUGAUUAUUGAACCUCGUAGCUACUGUUAGCCUCCCACGCAGACGCGAGGCGUGACGAAGCUCCAAAAACUGAACGUUUGCGUUAGAGGCUACCUCGUAGCAUAUGUGAAGACGUCUCCCAUUUCCCUUGUACGCUGGCUACGCACCUCGGAACGCACCUAUCCAGCGUUUUUUGUCUGGAUUGUUUGUGUGGCAUAGAUCCGUGGAUUUUAUUAUUAAGUGUGUGUUUACUUUUUUAUGUUUAUAGCUUCAUUCCGCACUAUCUAACCGAGAGCAAGUUUUGAUGAAUAAGUUGUUCAGUAUAUAUCAACCCAAGGUAUCCAUCCUAUCUGGGCAGCUAGAACGGUUGCGAGUAAACCAAACAUUUUUAGAGGAUGCACUUCAACGGGCAAAGUCCUCCAUCCAAUCUCCGAGCGAUGUUCAGUUCCUUCUCAGUAGGUCAGAUAUAGUCUCUACGCUCGAGACUGAAGAAAGCUACUCAAUGGUGCUUGAACCAGAGGCCCAGUUUUUGCCGGAGUUCACCAAGGAAAAAAAGGACAGAAAGGUGAGAAUUCAAAUUGUGAUUAUAGUUGUUAUCCAUGAAUUAGCAUGGGACCAGACUAACGGUUUUCUUCGGGAACCAUUCUUUUCUCUGGGAUAAAUAGACGUCUAGCAGAUACUUUUCACAUAACAGUUGUUAUCUACCCUGGCCCAAGACGUUUUUCUUGAAAAUUUUCUCCGCGUAAGAGAGAACGAGCUGCACAAAGCGGCAAACUGGAACCAGCUGUCAUUCGUCGAGUAGUAUUUAUACCUGUUCUUGCUAUGUUUUUAGGCCGUAGUUAGGAUAUUUCUUUUUCACAAAACGUGUGAAAUUUUCCACCAUUCUCUCCAGCUCUACCAAAAGAGCCUGAGCUGAGCAAACACAACCUCUUCCCCAGGGCUUCACGGUUGUCUACCUCUUUCUGCAGUUAUCCUGUACCAUUGAUGCCUUUUUUGGGAGAUAUCGCAAAUGUCGUCCAAAUCUUUGGUCAACACUAACUAGUUCUGAAGAAUUUGCCGAGGAUUUGAGCCAAUUAUUAAUCUCUUUUUUCAAUAUAGUGGAUGCAACGUGCGUUGCCUGUAUAGACUAUGUGGGAAGCUGGGACUCAGUAUGACGUCAGUAUCACGUGUUUUCGUUUUGGGCAAAUCCCACCCCCCACGAGCUUUUCUCUUGCUCGAAGAUUCUGAGUUUUUUUCUGAUGUUGUCUCUGCUUGUUAUUCUGAGAAGCUGCAUUGCUAGUCUGAGGGUUUUGAAUUAUGAUGUUGAAGAUCACCUGAAGAAAAUCUACGAUUUUGGUGUGGGCCAGCUUUGCCCACAGUCGUUGCCCAUGAUCGAUUAGUACAGGCACACUGUGCGGUCCUGGGACCUUGUUAGGGGUCACGUGACCCCUGUCGUGUUGUUCUGCUGUCCGAACCAUGUUGCUGUUGACUCGUUGUGUUCCGUGAGAGUAUUUAAGCUGUGUAGUCGCUCGAUACACUACAUUUUUGGCGACGAGGAACGUGUACGGACGCCCACUGCAAGAUAGGCAAAGGAAGGGAAGUCUACGUGAAUCAUGCCCACGUUUGGGAAGUUGGACGAGUACAACGAAACUGAAGAUUGGCGCCAUGACAUGGAGCGUGUAAACCAUUUCUUCGGAGCGAAUGAAAUCAUAGAUCCUGACAAGAGGAGAUCCAUUUUUCUGGUUUGUGUGGGAGCGAAAACCUAUAAACUGGUGGGAAGUUUGGUUGCCCCAGAAGAUCCAAAGGAUAAAAGCUAUGAGGAUUUAGCAAAAAUCCUCCAAGACCAUUUCAUGCCUAACCUUCGGCUGUUGUUCAGCGAUUCAAGUUUAACACACGCUCUCAACAACCAGGUGGGACAGUUGUUUUUUUUUUAGCUGAAUUAAGACACCUGUCUGAAGACUCUGAAUUCGGAAUUACGUUAGACGAGAUGCUUCGUGAUCGGCUGGUGUGUGGUGUUCGUGAUAUCAGAAUACAGCGCCGAUUGUUAACGGAACCCAAAUUAACAUUGAAACCUGCACUUGAUCUAUCUCUCGCCAUUGAAGCAGCAGAUAAGGAUGCUUCAGAGAUACAGAAGGCAGACGGUCAGGGAGGGGAUGCUUCUGUCAACAAAGUAGACGUCAAAGUUAAUAAGGGAAGCGAAGUUAAGUGCUCUCGUUGUGGCGGCAACCACUACCCCAAAGGCUGUCAUUUUAAAGAUGCCAAAUGCUAUUGUUGUGGUAAAGUUGGCCAUUUAGCUCUAUUUUGCCCAGCUAAAAAAAAGGGAAAACAACCACAGCCAGUUAAUGAGCAGAAAUCAAGCAAAUCCGAGCCUACCAAUCUUCUUGAAGGUGCCAUGCAAACACCAGGGGAGGAACAGGGUGUGGGUGCAUAUUCCUUGUUUAACUUUGGCAGUCAACGCCCAUUACCCUACAAAGUACAGCUAAGUGUUGCUGGGCAACCCCUUGAAAUGGAAGUUGACACGGGGGCCUCCUUGUCUGUGAUUAGCGAGGAACUAUACAACUACCUUUUUUCAGCAGGUCAAGCACCCCAACUUGAAGAGUCAGGAAUUGUCCUUCGCACAUAUACCGGGGAAGAGGUCAAACCUAAAGGGUCUUGUUCUGUGAAUGUGUGUUAUGACAGGGUUGAAUACUCCUUGCCGCUUUUGGUUGUAGGCGGCAAGGGGGCACGGGGCCUGCUUUGCUAGGUAGGAACUGGCUCGAGAAAAUCAAGCUAAAGUGGCCCAUAAUUAAACAACCUUCGUCACACAAUAAGCGACUGGAAGAGAUUUUGCAAAAACAUGCCCAGCUGUUCGAGGAGGGGCUUGGAACUCUACAAGGGACAAAGGCCAAAAUCCAUGUUGACCCCACAGCUACCCCUAUCUUCCAUAAAGCAUGCUCUGAGGGAGAAAAUUGAACAAGACCUAGAAAGACUUGAAAGGGAAGGGACCAUUGAACCAGUCCAGUAUUCCGAGUGGCCACCCCGAUUGUCCGUGUCAUGAAGAGUGAUGGCACUGUAAGAGUCUGUGGAGUCUAUAAGCUUACUGUUGAUAAAGUGUCAAAACUGGGUGGCUAUCCUAUCCCCAAGCUUGAUGAUCUGUAUAGGAAAUUAGUUGGAGGUCAAACAUUUACUGAGCUAGAUUUAAGCCAUGCCUAUGAACAGAUGCUUGUGGAUGAGAACUCUAAGGAAUUUUUAACGAUUAACACACAUAAGGGCCUGUACAGGUAUAACCGACUCCCUUACGGGGUAGCCUCGGCACCAGAGAACCAUGGAGGGUUUUCUUCAAGGAAUCCCUUCAACGGGUGUUCUGUUAGAUAACAUCCUUAUUACAGACCGCAGUACUGAAGAGCACUUGGACGACCUCGAGAGAGUUUUGACUCGCCUCUCGGAAGCUGGUCUACGACUCAAGGCAGUAAAGUGUCAAUUCAUAAAGCCAGUUUUGGAGUGCCUGGGGCACCGAGGUGAUGCAAAGGGGUUUCAUCCUGUUGAAGCAAAAGUGAAGGCCCCAGCACCGAAAAACACCACUGAGCUGAAGUCGUUCCUUGGUAUGCCUAACUUCUGUGGGAAGUUCAUACCUAACCUGUCGUCCAUUCUGGAACCACUACAUAGUUUGCUGAGGAAAGAUGUUGUUUGGAAGUGGGAGGUGGAAACAGCAAGAAGCAUUUGAUAAAGCCAAAAACCAGCUUCAAUCAUCAAACGUACUAGUACAUUAUGAUCCUGAGAAAGAGUUGGUGGUAUCCUGUGAUGCAUCACCCCACGGUGUUGGUGCAGUUCUAUCCCAUGUUAUGGAAGAUGGAUCGUCAGAGAGACCUGUAGCAUACGCCUCGCUUACAGAGGAACUGCGGUCAUCUAGAUAAAGAAGCACUAGCUGUAGUUUUUGCUGUGAAAACAGGGGUGGAUCCAGAGUAGUUCAAGUGAUUUCCAGAAAUCACUCAAAUGUUUCCAAACCUGCGUUUGUUAUUUCUCAGGUUCUUUAUUGUAGUUCAAGAAAUCAAUUAUCCUUCUUGUUUCAUUGUUUAUUAUGAAAUAAAACAAAGAAAAAAGCGUCACAUCUCGUUAUUCCGUCGAUCACACAGCAAACGAAGCCCUUCCCGAGCGAAUUCGACGAGUCUCCGUUCGCGCGUAUUCGUCCUUUGUCGAUACUUCCGAGAACAACGCGACAAAAUUCGUUGGCACGACCGGAGAAAGUUUGUACCCAGCGGGUGGGACUGGAUGGUAUAUGGAUUUUGUCACAAAUCACUCAAAAACCACUUCGAUUGGCCAGAAACAUUCACAUUGUCUUGCGAAUUACUCAAAGUCGGUUGUGAUUGGCUAUUCAGGCCGCAAACUACCGUGGAAACUACUGACAAUCGUAUAUAAAGGCAAGCCUCUCCCUAGAAAUCCCUUCGUUUGUUCUUGUUGAGUUCCGAUUUAAUAGAGUUCAUCGUUAACUUGCCACGGAGGAAAACCAGAUUUUGAUUUACAACCAUGGUUCGAGGCGAUCCAGUUUGUUGGAAGGAGGGCUGUUCUCAGUACUGUACUGAUUUGGUUUACUUUUCAAGGAAAUCAGCUGAUAUUCGGACCAAGACAAGCUCAAGUUCAUAGAGAAUGUGUGGAACGGUCAACCAGGUGAGCUAUUUGACUUCCCAGUGUCAGUGGAAUGUUCGAAUUCUCUCCGUCAUUUUGUGUGGAGCUGGCUGAAAAGAUUUCCCCGGCUAGCAUACUCUAAAUAUCUAGAUGGUGCAUUCUGUUUACCGUGUGUUUUUUUUUUGGAGUCCAGUGUGGGCGAAAUUCGAAUAAAUUAGACAAAUUGUACAAGACUCCACUCACACUUUAUUUCUAUUUUUUUAUUUUCCUAUUUUAUAAUUUUUGAUGAUACACUAGCGAGCAGCACACAUACACUUCCAGUGAACAUUUUCAACUUGGAAGGAGGAGAAACCAUGCUCGCCCGAGACAACGAAAAUUUUCGUGGACUCAGUCGCCUACCCGUUUUGGAUUUCCCGGGGUCCACACCCAUCCCAGGGGACAUUGUAAACGUCCUAGAAACUAUCAACACCAGCCCAGUAGAUGCUACUAGGAUAAAAUUGUGGACAGCCCGCGAUCCAGUGCUUUCCCAAGUACUACAGUGUGUUCUUCAAGGAUGGCCUUCAGAGGUAGACGAAGAAGCCGUGAAGCCCUAUUUUAUUAGAAGAGAAGAAUUGAGUGUACAUGCUGGCUGCCUCUUAAGGGGAGCUUGGGUCAUAGUACAACCUCAAGGGAGAGAAGAGGUGUUGAACAUAUUACACGACACUCACCCGGGAAUAGUCAAAAUGAAGAGUUUAGCCAGGAGCUAUGUAUGGUGGCCAAAAAUGGACACAAAUUUAGAAGAGAAGGUGAAAAGUUGCGUUACUUGUCAGAGUCACCAAAAGACCCCUCCGUGUUCGCCAUUACACCCUUGGGAAUGGCCGGGCCGCCCUUGGUCGCGAGUGCACGUAGAUUAUGCGGGACCUUUCAUGGGAAAGAUGUUCUUGCUGAUCAUUGACGCCCAUUCUAAGUGAAUGGAUAUCCACUGUGUGAACUCUGCCACCUCCAGUGUGACCAUAGACAAGAUGAGGUCAACUUUCGCUUCACAUGGUUUACCAGAGAUUGUAGUGUCCGAUAAUGGAUCCAAUUUUGUGAGCAGUGAAUUUAAGUCAUUUUUGCAAAAAAAUGGUAUCAAGCACAUUACCUCAGCACCUUACCAAACAAGUACAAAUGGUCUGGUUGAGCGAGCGGUGCAGACCUUUAAGCAAGGGAUGAAGAAACAAGGUGACGGUUCUGUUGACACCAAGUUGGCUCGUUUUCUUCUAAGCUACUGGAUUACCCCGCAAAGCACUACUGGUGAAUCUCCAGCUCAGUUACUGUGGGGACGUAGUCUUAGGUCUCACCUCGAUCUGCCGCGACCGGAUGUAGCGACAAGGGUGCAUUCGGCUCAGUCUAGACAAAAGAAACAGCAUGAUCAGCAUAGCCGAACGCGCGGAGUGAAGCUUGGUGAUGCCGUGAGUGUCCGAAAAUACUCCUGGGGGUCGAAGUGGGUCCCUGGAACUAUCAUCCAGGAAACCGGCCCUCUUUCGCGAGUCGAACUAGAAGAUGGAAUGGUAGUUCGGAGACAUCAUGACCAAUUAAUUUCUCCUUUUGCAGAGCCUCUUUGCCCCAGUCUAACAGCUCAAAGGGCAGGCCAUAACAAAGAGGGAAGUCUUGUUCUGGAGGUUGCAGUACCCGAUGUGAAUAGCCUUGAAGUAACCUGUAGGGGGUUGGAGUCACCCACUACACCCGAAGACCCAAGCUUAGUCCCUGCCAUCCCGGUGCGACGAUAUCCAGUUAGGGACCGAAGACCACCACAGCGUUAUUACUGAUGGACCCCUCCUGCCCCCAUGAACAUUUAGUUCAAGGCGAGAUGCCACAUAUUGUUUAGGAACUUGAGGGGGAGGAAUGUGCGUUCCUGGGACCUUGCUAGGGGUCACGUGACCUCUGUCGUGUUGUUCUGUUAGUCCGAACCAUGUGUUUGUUGACACGUGUUCCGUGAGAGUAUUUAAGCUGUGUAGUCGCUCGAUACACUACACACACCAAAAUGCAUUUCUCAGUUCACAACUAUAUUUCUCUACGAGCUCAUCCAUUAGUUGCUUAAAAUGUGGUUGUCGCAAGGUCAAUUUUAUUUUAAAACUGCUAAGAAACAGAACAUCAAGUGAAAGAUGACUAAGCGUACCAAGUAAAUCGUUUUUUAGUAAAUGAGCUUUUCAAAAUUGAAUUUGUAAAGAAUGUAAAAUGCAACGAUCUCUUUCAGCCUAUCAAGUACCGUUACUACAAGAGUAUAGAGACGAUUAUCCAGAGCGUAGGAGAGAUCAGUGACAUAUCAACCUGUGCAGCAAACACUACUGCAACUGGCCCAGGAAUAACAGCUGCAUACCCUGGAAGGAAAGCGACAUUCACUAUUACUUCUCAUGACAGCCGAAACGUCCAACGCAAGCUUGGUGGCGACGUUUUUGAGUUGAAACGGGAACCAGAGGUGGGAGGAGAUGAAAUAAAGGUAGAGUUAAACGACCGAAAGGAUGGAACUUACUUGGCAGAAUAUACUGUGGACAAGUUGUAUGGUAAAUUGACAUUGUCUGUGUGCUUGCGAGGUGCACACAUUAAAGGCAGUCCUUUUGCUGUAAAUAGUGUUUAACCUCUUAUUCGUUCUCAGUGUCCUCCACCUCCGUCAUGGCCGAUACAAAUGAACUACGGUCAUUUUUGACGAAGCGCGAGGGACCACGAGAAGAAGAUAGAAAAGGCAUUGCUCGCUUUCUCCUUCCUGAUUUUAAUAUGACGAGUGGCCGGUAUCAGCAACGAGGCAGGUUAGACCUUUUUAGCAGGCGGCGCAACUCGCUCAAAGAGAAUUGUUGAGUACCAGCCCCUUGUUAAGUUUUGAAAGUGUGCAACUCAUACCACUGGUACACCGUGUGAGAAAGUGAAAUAGUAUUUAGUAUUUCUUAGCUGCAUCUUAUUAAGGAAACAGGAGAAUUUCUGCAGAGAGGGCGCUUUUUAAACUGGUACAACUCGUACAAGUAAAGCAAUUGGCGAAACCUCAACAACACCGAGCACAAUACACGUGGUUUAUUACAACAUAGAUUGUCAAAAGUUACUGUUCUUGGACGGAUUACCAAAACUGCAUGUGGAGGUUACUUCACUCUUCUUUUAGAAAAAGGCUCUUUUAUGAGCUACCACAUUAAGAUUAGUAGAUGUGAUCCAAUAUCAUACAGCCAAAGAACUACAUUCAACUUUAUCAUAAACCCACGGCUUUCCGUUUGCUUGUAGAGCCAGUGCGGGAGGUUUGGAUCCCCCUCCCCCUGGGUACAAAGAUUGUUACCCGUUGCACGACUCGCACGACUCCUGCUACCUCGUUACUUUUGAAUCCCCGUCAACACUUACAAGAUGCAGUUUCGCCAGUUGUAUGACUCGUACGUUUAAGAGUAGUUAUAGGUGAAUAAAAUGGUAAUAUAGUUCAGUGAGAACUAGCACAACAGGUAACUGGGAACCUUAAUAGAAAUAGGUGAAUUGCAAUGUAAAAAAUUAAAGUUCGCAUAUAUUUUUCCACGCGCGGCUUUGCUCCAAAGCGAGAGGAAGACAGUCUAUAUAGUUUCAGUUCGGAUCUAAUAGCAUAAAAAAAUUUUCUAAAGAAGAUGCUCUUUGUUUUAAGAGUGACAACUGACAGAUUUUUGGAUUAGAUUUAGAAUGUUUAAUGGUACCGAUUAUUUUCAUGCGCAACAUGCAUAAGAUUAGACAUACCGUAAACUUUCGACUCACACAACUUCGUAAGGGGUUUUAGAAGGGUUAUUAGGGGCUUAUAUUUGGAAGGCUUGUAACCAAACUAAAAAAGGUGUUUCAAAACAAGCUACAAAGCAGUACUGAUCAUAAUUCUUCUUGAAUUUGAAUUCGUCUGGAUGGGUGCUGAUAUUCGGGAUGUGUGGGUGUGUGUGUAUGUUGGGGGGGGGGGGCUUAAAACCGGUUUUUUUUUGUUUACAGAUAGAUGGGCCCAUAAGAAGAUGGGGCUUUUAAGUGGGGGGGGGGGGUUAUAAUCGGAAGUUGACGGUAGUCUCAAGGGCAAAACGUUGGGAUCAAUAAGAAAAGUAUUGCAUGAUUGAAUCUGCGAGAAAAAUAUUGCAUCCGAAGAGCUCUUUUUGUAUUGUCUUUGAGACAGUAACUCCAUAUGACAUUUAAGGGUGAAUGAGUGAUAGAUAAAUUUUAGGAAGUAUUUGCCAAGGUAUAAAAUGGCCCAAGUUAACAAGUUAGCAAAUUGGGUUACCGAUUUUUAAAGAAACAGCAUAUAUAAUGUUUCUAGGCGAGGUUUUUAUUAAUCAAAAUGCCGAGAAAUUUGUUUUGUAUUGUGUUCUGCUCUUGUUCUUAGGCGGACCAUUACUUAAUAUUAACACAAUCCUCAUCCUCGGAGACCCAGGGGCAGAUAGGGGGCAAGGGAAAGACUAAACGGACGGAAAAAAAUGGCGCAAAGAAAAGUAAAGAACGGCGAGCUCUUCUCGCCGUUCUUUACUUUUCUUCGCGCCAUUUUUUCCCGCCCGUUUAGUCUUUCCCUUGCCCCCACUAUCUGCCCCUGGGUCUCCGAGGAUGCAUAAUCCUUAGAUCCAAGAGUAGCAUUUUCAUUUCCCUCGUUGUUAAAUGUAAAUAUAUGUUAGGUUUAUAACCAGGUCUCGUUUGUUUAGGAUGAAAGGUUGCGAAAAUGGUUUUGCUAGCCUGUGUAUUGAGAGUUCAGUUAUUAGAUUUUAACUUAUACUAAUCGUAGAGUUUGCGUAAUUCAGCGUUGGCAACUGUUUCAAGAGCUUUAAAAUUUUUGUCAGCAUAGUGUAUGUUGUUAUCGUAACCGAAAAGAUAGAGUUCGAGUUUUGUAGGGCACUGGUGAAUAACAUUAACAUGCAACAAAAAGAGAAGAGGACCUAAAAGGGAAGCUUGAGGAACUCAUAAGCUGAUUAUGGCUUUGCUCAUAUGUGCUCAGUCGCCAAUUUGAGAUGUUUGAGUACACCUGUUUAGAUAUGAGGAAAACAAUUAAUUGAUGAAUCCUAGAAACCCGUAAGAGUUACGUUUGUCUAGCCUUGUGAUGUGGUCAACGAUGUCAAAAGCUUUUUAUGAGGUGAACAAAGACACCGCAAGAAAAUAGUUCUUGAUUAAUAUUGGCCUCCCAGGGGCUAAUUUGGCAUGUUGAGUGGAUUUCCUGUGCGAUCGCCGUACUUGGAAACGUAUAGUGAAGUAGAUUGUAUUCCUUUACGCAAUUCAUCAUUCACCCAUACAUAAGCCUUUCAAAUAUACUGUUGAAGUCUGACAAUCAAGAUAUGGAUCUGGGUCCGUCGUUGCAUUUAAAUACAGGUACAAUUGUAGACAUUUGCAAUUUUGAGGGGUAUCUUCCUAGGUUAAUAGACAUACUGGGUAAUGAGUAUUUUGGCACUGAAACAUUAAUUAAAUUAAAAAACGUUAACUCCUCCUCAAGUGUUUCAGGAUUGUCUAUGGUGUUUUGUCUGUUGUGACCAGUUACAGAAAAGGACAGGGGUCGCGAACAAACCACAAAGCCACAAACUAUUCUUCCUACAUAUUUUAUUCGCUGCAAACUUAGCUCUUGGCCAGGGCCGAGUUGUUCAAAGCUGGGUUAAGAUAGCCUCGGGGUUAGUGCGAGAUUUGAAUCAGAUUUGAAAGCUUAAAAAGCAGUUCAGUUUUAAUUCUUUUUGUCUACAAGUUGAUGAUUGGAAGCUAUAAAUAACACAGAUAAUUAUCUCAGAAAAUGCUUUUGAACACAAGAAAGAGAAACCCGGGUUAAAUUUAACCCCGGGUUAAGCGCUGAUCGGCCUUCGAACAACUGGGCCCAGUGCAACGAAAUUCGGUGGAAGCCGUACGCCGGUGCCCCUUCCAGCAGUGUCGUCAAAUGUAGCUGGUAAAAUAUCCAAGCUUUAGUUAGAGCAUUCGAUUUCUAUUCAUCAAUAAAAACGGUUUUUACAAAAGCUUGAAUUCCCAAAUCAAAGUUCUUGUCGAACUGAGAAACACCGGUAAUUUUCUUCUUUGGUUUUGUGGUCAGCAAUUUUCAACUGUGUAGGUUUUGUCUUUCUGAAUAUGUUCUACUUGAAAGCUUAUAGCGACGGCUUUAUCCAAAGUAUUGUCAUUUUAAAAAAUAAAGGACUUUUUAUUUUUGAAACUGCAAUAGUUGUUUUUUAAAUUGGAAAGUUUUUGGAGAUUUUGUAUUAAUGAGCUGACAAUAUCAUCUUCCGCGGAGUAGAUACAUUAUUCCUUAGUAUUUGCCUAUACGGGGAGACGCCGCCCGAAAGGGGUAUCUUUUUAAGCCUCAGAAAUAUGAAGGGGUGACCAUUUCUUUAGUUGAAGUAUCUACAAAGGGAAGGGAAAUCUGUCACUUCGGUCUGUAAAAAGGCUAAAAAAGGACAAACAGAAGCAUUUUACUACCAGUGAAGAAGUCCCCAAAACUUUUUGGUUUUGUGACUUAUUCAUAUAUCAAAGACAGUGCAUUUACAGCAAUUUAAAGGGAUGCAGAGCUCCAAGCUAGGUCGCAGCUGUCCUCUCUUGGCUACGUAUGUGAAACGGGUACCAUUUGCCGGCAAUAGGAGGUAAACGAGAGGGGUACCUUUUCUGUCAAAAAUGGUAAAAAAGGAGUUAGACCUUUGGGCGGAGCAUCCCCGUAUAAAACUUUGUUUAUCCCCCGAGCUCAUGAUCUGUGGUCUGCAUGGGUGUUUUCCUCCCGUGGUUUAAUCAGUCCAGGUGACAAUCGUAAUACACCUCGGGACGCUUUUUUCUCAUGAAGGAAAAAGGCGUUUUCGUUAAAACGCUCAAUACGGCUUUUUUAUUAUUAUUUGCGCGCACACCGAUAACCUAUUCCUUGUAAAGAUACUGGAGACGAGUUGCCCAAAGGAUUGGUCAGAUUCAGGCUUUAAUCCCAACCUCCCCUCCCCUCCAAGAGCAACAGUUUUUCACAUCGUCACGUGACCAAAAUAGUUCACGGCCGCAACAAGCCGGCGGAAGGUCAAUGAGGUUCUUGCACUCGCUUUAUUGAGCCUUUUGCCUCACUCAAGGUAUGUAUAACUUCUUUACUUAAAGAAAUACAAGGUAGAGCUUAUCUUUAGGCAGUGGAAUAGAGUAAUUCACGCUUAUUCUCCGAUCGCUUAGCUCGACCAUAGUCUCCAUCUAUACGUACUCCGCCGUCACAUUUAAGCUUACAUUAAUAUUUGUUUCGAAAAUUUUGAUUUUCAAGUUCUCUGAUUACUUUAUCAUUUAAAUGCAAGCUUUACAUCAAGAAAUGUUUAUUUUUUUCAGUUUGAGGCCUUAUUUGCCGUAAAUAAACAAAUGGGAUACUGUUUAUGUCUUGCAUAAUUAUGCAUAGCUAACUUGUGAGGAAAGGGAAGGGAAAGGUGGGGGGGGGGGGGGGGGUAGAGCCUGUAGACAAACAUUUGAGGCCGCUAUUCCGCCCUCUUGUAAUUAUCCUGCCAAUCGUCUGUCAGUAAGAUCGUUAUCUGUCAAUCAAUUUUGCACAUGGACAAAUCAGAGGAAAAUGAGCGGUGUUUUGCUCCAUCUGAAAACAGAGUGAAAAUGGAGCGCGAGUGUCAUUGUCCAUUUUGCAAAAAGGCGUUGAUCUCCGGUAGGAGAAUUAAUACGAUGCUGGUCUUUGGCAUUUCAAGAAAUAAGACCUUGCUGGUUGACAGUGGUCAAGACAGCGUUGUACUAGCGCUUGCAAGCAUUUGAAUCCUUAAGAUUUCCACUUGAGCAACGAGAAAGCUUUUCUGAUUUAAGCUGCUUAACUUGUGCACAACAGGCUGUUCAUCUUGCUAGUUCAGUUUCUAAUUUAACAAGCCCUUGCAGUGAGCGAACUUGGAAUGUGAAAGGUACAGGUACUAUCAUCUUCUCCAGAAUGUGAAGCUCCGAAGACCAGUACAAAGAGAUCAACAGCGCUUCAAUCGCCGACAGGAAUUACACCUUUGGGUAUUUAUAGGUAGGUCUUCACGGCUUUUACCUCAUGCCAAACUGCUGCUUGUUCCCACAAGUUUUUUCCUCUGCUGGGUAGAUUAUACUCUGGAAGGUUCUACAUUUUCACUGAGCAAAUGUGAUUUUAGCCGCUUGUAUCUCACUGAGAGGUCAUGGCACACAUAUCGAUUUACUGUGGUUUUUGUUUCUGGUUGGCAGGAUUUGCCUUCUGAUGCAAGAGCAUUAUUUCUCUUUGACCUCUUUUGAAGUUUAAAGCUUUUUAUUGUAGGUGCAUGAAUAAGGGUCUUACUUUUCUCCAAAGUGCCUUCUGGAUCUGAAUAACUAAGCGAUAUACUUUGGUCCGUGAAUGUAAUGUUUUUCUGCAAUGUUGUAUCAUGCUGGGCCCAGCUCGUUAGUUUUCUUUGCAGAAUGUUUAAAAAUUAUCGCGUAUAGUGAUUUACAGAUCCAAAAUUAUAAGGUUGAAGUGCAGCUUAAACCGAAGCAGCAUGCGCAUCGACUAUGGAGAAUUUCAUUGUGACUCGGUAAACUUCAACUUAGUGUUUUUCUAAAGAUAGUGUGAGUCUUUUGUCUGGAGCGCGUAGUUCAUGCCUUGGUUAGUAAAUAGCUUUUGGAUAAGCUUAUCAGUCUUUGGACUGUUUUGUUAUUGCCACUUUGUGAUCAAAUCGCGUGCUACGUGCCGACCGAAAAGCCGAUGUCAAUCAACAGUCAGUGUUCUCGCCAAUAGUAGCUUGCAUCAGGAUCUGAUGCACAGUGGGUGCCGUGGAACGGUGGUCCCAAAUGUUUGUCUACAGGCCUUUUCGCUUUUCCCUCUCCCCAGUUCCCCACUCGACCAAAGGCCUGUUCACAGGCUAAUGCAUAAUGCGUUAAUGCAUAAUGCAGGGUUUCAAUAAUAAUUUAAGUAGCCAGCAGGUUUGAAUAGAGUAACCGACUGUACCAACUAGGGGCUGUUAGUUCCCUUCUUCUAGGGGGUCUGGGAGCAUGCUCCCCCCAGAAAAUUUUGGAAUUUCAAACCCCUAAAAUGCGAUUUCCAAUGUUCCAGGGACUAAAGUGUAAACAGAAGAGCGUGUUUUUCAUUCAAGAAAAUAUAACUUUCAUUCAUGUUUAAUCAUAGCCGCACAAUCAAUUCUUACUAGCAAUGAACAAAUGUCAAUAUUCAAAAUUAAGUACAAUUUGCACAUAAACAAAUUCUGUGUAAACCUACAAAGAAAGACCCAAGAAACGUGGGAAAAAUUAACUGAAAUACAGAACAGCGUUUGUGUAACCAAAAGCGCUUCUGGUGUAACUAAAGCAUAACAUAUCAGUGGACCUUGACAGCAAAUCAUAAUGAACUUACGUUUUAAUUCUGAUUUAAUGAUAUAUUUUUUGUUUACGACAUUUUUAAAACUCAUGAAUUGCUUCUUUUUUGGGGAAAAAAGUAGCCGACUACUCUGAGCAAAGCAGCCGACGCAUUUCAUCGGUCGUUGGUGCUUAUUGAAACCCCUGCUAAUGCAUUGUAUAACCGGCCUGGUUGGAUCCACUUAAGAUGAGAAAGUUUCAUUCAUUUUAUUAACAAAAGUGCUUCUACCUCUGCAGUGGCAGAUCCAGAUCUUCAGAAAAGUGGGGGUGGGCCCAGUCAUCCAGACCCUGAGGUAAGGGGGGGAGGGGGGCAGUCUUAGGUGCCGGUCUCACAAAAAAUUUUUUCCGUCCUUUUCCCAGUCCUGAGCCUCUCCUCUGGAUUUUGUUGGGAGCAAAAAUAUAUGCGUCAAUGCCUAAUUAAAAUCUUUAAGUCACUACUUUUAUUAGCAUUUCAAUCUUUUCCUUUGAAAUUGGUCAGUAGUGCCUCUGCAUGUCACUUGAAACAGGGGCUUUGGUUAAAAUUCUGCCCCCUUCCCGUUAAGCAUGGGCCCCCUAAUUCCCUCCCCCAAACCCCCUCCCCUAAAGGACUAUGGUUAUCAAAUUCCACCACCUCCACCACUUGAGAUGGCAAAGGUUUCAAGCCCAAUUGCAUAGAACAGCCACUUGGGUACUGACCACUCAUCAUAAAACAGAAUAAAACACUUAUAAAUCAGCUAUGGCUACUCUUAAGGUACUCUUUUAAAAUGUUAUUGAAUAGAACAUACUUCCUGCCUUAUGGGGUACAAUGUAACUGUCUUAGAGGCUCAUUUUAAGGUACCUUUAACUUUGUCAUAGUUACUUAGUUUGUAAAAUGACUGACUCACUUUUAUAUCUGAUGUACAGCUGUGAACUAUCAGUAGGUUUAUAAAUGGAGCUGUAGAUCAAGUGAGGGGCAGCUUCAUCUGUUUUCUAAGAAUUUUCAUAUUGGCUUCAUGUGCUUCAGUCCAUGGUUGUUCGUCAUAUGUCUUCUCAAUGUCCUAUUCUCUAUCUCAUCUUUCAAUAACAUUGUCCAACUAAUAUGCAGAAAGGCUCCUCCAAAAUAAUAAUACUGGGGAGGGAAGAGUACCAGCAACUGAACAGUGAUGCUGAUGAAAGCAAUGAAAACAGCUGACUAAAACAUGCUGAAUUUGCAUGAUCCCUUUUUUUCUUUUCAUUUUACUUUUUAAUUAAACUUACUUUUUUAUUCAUUUGUGCAAAUUAUUGAUUGUGUAUUCAUUUUAGGCAAUGACAUCAAAGAUACCAGAGUGUUCAGUCUGCUUUGAACAUUACAAUGACCAAAGCAAGUGUCCUCGGCUUCUGAGUUGUGGACACAGCUUCUGCUCAAGCUGUCUGGAGAGACUUCUCCAUGGUAACACCAUUGAUUGUCCCACAUGCACAAAUCUGGGUGCUGUUCCUACUAGAGUGGAAGGACUGUUAAAGAAUUUUGCAUUAUUGGACAUUGUGAAUGACACACCCAACGAAAAUGUUGGGAGUAAUACAGGCUCACAUGAUUGUGAAGCUUGUGGUGAGAAGCACGCUGCAAAUUUCUGCUGCCUUGACUGCAAAGAAAACAUGUGCAAAACUGCGGCUCAGUUUCAUACCUGUAACAAGGCAAGUCGCGAUCAUCAAGUUGUCUCCCUUGAGGAACUGGAAGCAAACCCUCAGCUUGCUUCUGUUUCCCUUAUAUACCAAAAACACAAUGAUAAAUUCCGGUUUUUGAUGAGAAAUGUCAUGCAGUUUGUAGGGAAUACGUCGCUCUUGAACACUUUGGUCACUUGUGUUCACCACUUGCUGAAGCUGCCUCCGAGUAUGGAAAUGAAGUGA